AUGACUCUUCUUCAGUCACAACCCUCCUCGCAGCCGUGUCGCCAACGUGCAAGCAAACCAUCGGCAACCACGGCCCUCCUUUCUGGCCUCUCGGAGAAGGCGUUAAGCCAGAUUGCAGUGGAUCUGCCGCGUUGUCAUGCCUACGACCCUUUGAUGGCGUCUCCGCUUGGUCAAAGCCGUCUGCGUUCAGUUCUUAUCGCCACUCUGAUUUCUAACGCCGGACGAUUUGAGUACACUCAGGGAAUGGAUUCCUUGGCGGCCGUUUUUACUCGCCUCAUCUUCCACGAUCCCGAGGAGGCAACAGCUUGCCUCACCUCCCUCCUUUCGCUCCGUCUGCCCACCUUCUUCAGCACACAACGAUUCGCU